AAUUCAGUGUCAUAUUGGUGUUAAAACGACACUCGCAGCAGCUUUAAACUCUGUUACAGCAUUAACAUUCACACUGGCGCUGCUGGGGACGACCCGGUGCCUUGCUCAAGGAACCACAGCAGUAGAUGAACGUUUGGGGGGCGGAGAAACGGAAAUACGGGAGGUGUGUUUUCUCUCGGUGUGUGUGUGAAACGUAGACGGGUUUUUUUCCUCUUCACGGAAGAGAGAAAGAGAGAAGAGGAGGAGGAGGAGGAGCGGUGUGUCCAGAACCACCUCGACCGACUGAGAGAGAAGGACGAACCGGAUAAAAAAAAAGAACAAAUAACACCGGACACAUCCCGGGAAAUACGCGGGUCAGACAGACACCAGAGGAGGAGACGAACACACAUCUGUGGCGCGUGAGGAGACAGAGGUGUGCGGCUGCAGCUCGAGGACGGACGCGGUGUGUGUCUGACAGAAAUGGGAUUGUGGUUCUCCUGAGAGCAACAGAACAGCAGUGGAACCUGGCCGACCUGCGGACCUGAAGGAGGACAGGCACCGGGCACAGACAUGGCCCACGUAGGCAACGGAGCGACCGCGGAGGAGGAGGACUGCUUUGAAGAUGCCUACGACCGGAUCCCAGCGGCGUGUCAGAUGGAUCUGCAGACAGCCAUCCAGGAGACUCAGUGUGCUCUCAAUCUGGUCCUCAACAACAAGUUCUCUGAAGCCCUGGACCUCCUCAAACCAUGGUGGAAGGACAGUAUGUACCAUGCGUUGGGUUACAGCAGCAUCCUGGUGAUGCAGGCGACCAUGACGUUCGAACACAGAGACAUCCAGACUGCCAUGGCAACCAUCAAGGAGGCGUUACACACCUGUCAAAGGUUCAGGAAGAAGAACUCAAUGGUUGGAUCGUUGUCCAGUCUGAUCAGCAAGCAGUCCAACCUGCAAGAAGAGGAGAUGCAUGCAGAGAUCUGCUACGCUGAGUGUCUCCUGCAGAAAGCCACACUGACAUUUGUACAGGAUGAGAACAUGAUCAGUUUUAUCAAAGGAGGCAUCAAGAUUCGAACAAGCUACCAAAUCUACAAGGAUUGUCAGAACGUGAUGAAUGUCACUCAGAAUCUGGCCGGCCAGUCUGAUGCGUUCAAACAGUUUGAGGGCGGAGUCAAGCUGGGCAUCGGGUCCUUCAACCUGAUGUUGUCUCUCCUCCCUCAGAGGAUCCUGAGGUUGUUGGAGUUCAUUGGAUUCUCAGGAAACAGGGACUUUGGUUUGUCUCAGUUGAGGGAGGGGGCCUCCAGUCAGAGUUUGCGAUCGAUCCUCUCCGCUCUGACUUUGCUCUUUUACCACACAUAUGUUUCACUGAUACUUGGAACUGGGGAGGGGAACCUGGUGGAGGCUGAAGCUCUGCUGGAGCCAUACCAACACAAAUACCCCAAAGGCUCCAUUAUUCUCUUCUACUCCGCUCGCAUCGCCACACUGCGAGGAAACUUCGAAAAGGCCCGGGCCAGGUACGAGGAGUGUAUCAGCAGCCAGCAGGAGUGGAAGCAGAUCCACCACCUGUGUUACUGGGAGCUGAUGUGGACCCACUCCUACCAACAGGAGUGGCAGCAGGCGUACCGCUACGCCGACCUGCUGUGCAAGGAGAGCCGCUGGUCCAAGGCGAUCUACGUGUACCAGAAGGCAGCCAUCCUCAGCAUGAUGUCGGAAGAGGAAGUGAAGAAGACGGGCGAGGACAUUGUUGAGCUCUUUAGGCAGGUGGAGGGGUUGAAACAGCGCCUGGCGGGGAAGUCGAUCCCCACGGAGAAAUUUGCAGUGAGGAAGUCCAGACGCUACAAAGCCGCUAACCUCAUCCCCCUGGUCGUCCCCGCACUGGAGAUGAUGUACGUUUGGAACGGUUUCACCAUCGUAGGGAAGAGAGCCGACUCCACCGAGGCCCUGCUGGUUACCAUCGAGGCGGCGGAGGAGCGGCUACGCAGCGACCCCAGCCCAUCAGAGUUUCAUCCAGACGACAGCUGUCUGGUCCAGAUGUUGAAGGGCCUCUGUCUGAAACACCUGGGCAGGUUACUGCAGGCUGAGCUCUGCUUCACACAGGUUUUGUCCAGUGAGAGUCGUAUCAGAUAUGAUCACUACUUGAUUCCCUUCACUCUCUAUGAGUUGGGUCUGCUGUAUAAACAACAGGGAGACUUCACCAAGGCCACCACCUACAUUGAAAAUGCCAAGACAAACUACAAGGACUACUCCAUGGAGUCCAGACUGCACUUCAGGAUCCACGCGGCCCUCAACAGCCUCAAAGGAUCCCCUGUCGGCACUCCGUAACACUCCCAACACCAGUCAAGCUGCAGCUGGAAACAACAGCGUAUGAAGCAUGAAUUCAGGGGUCACCCCCCCGACAGUUCAGCUGAAGUGAACGAAUCCGUUGUGACUGCCUCGUAAAGAAGGAGCUUAGGUGUGUUUGCGGGGUUUUGGGAUCACGUGUCCAAAUGGACUCGGUUUUUCUUCAUCGCUAGCAUCCUUUAUUUUAUGUUAUCUUAUUUUUUCCUUAUUUAUUUUUUCAAUAGCCUUGAAAUAUGAGAUUAUUUAAGCUUGUACCUCCUCUCAAACGGUACUUCCCAUUAGCAUCUGCCAGAGGUUUUACCGGUGGAUGCGGAGCCAUGGUUCAUGGUUCUGACAUCUGUUACUAGGAAACAAAUCAUGGCCUUAAACUAAAGUUGCAGCUCAUCCGAAUGCUCUCGUUGAAUACGUGUAUUUCUAGGAUAGAAUCAUAAAUACUGAUGGAUGUCAGGUUGUAAACCGUGUACUGAUGCAGCAGGGAGAGGUGUGUGUGUGUUGGGACACACAGGAUUCAUGCUUUAUAUUUCCUUUAGUUGACAAUGCAUCAUGCCACACGUGCACACGGUACACAUCUGUGUCCGUGCACACGCAAACCACAGCCUUCUCACCAACCGUGGCUUAUGCAAACACACACACAUACAGUACACACACAGAUUAAUACACACAAACGGCUGUAAACGCACACAUUUAGCAGCAAUAUAGAAGAACUCGUGCUGUUACUUCUGAGUCAUCGUGUCGGUCGGCGUCCAUGUCGUAGUUCUCGUGUUUCUCAGAGGCAGAGCAGCUUUUCAGGCAUCUACAGAAUGAUUCCCAGAUGCUACUUCCACAUCUGGACCGGGAUAACAGCCAGAAUCUGCUGUCAGUCAAAGUCAAUGACAAUAUUCCUGGUUCUGUUCUGCAUUAAUUUAGAUCUUUUUAUUCCUGAGCGCUGGCGACAGUCAGAGCGGCAGCCAUAUUGUUUUUAGGCUGUCCGUCCAUCCGUCUCAUUCUCGUGGACUCGAUAUCUCGGUAACGCCUUCACCGAACUCAGCAUGAACAUUCACUAGGACUCGAGGGUGAACUGAUUAGAUUUUGGUGGUCAAAGGUCAAAGGUCACGGUGACCUCACAAAACACUUUUUAGGCAUAACACAAGACAAACUCACAUUAAUGGUUCAUAUUUGAUGUGACUCUGGAUAAACAGGGAUCUAAUGAACAACUGGUCUGAGUGACAGAGGCAGAAAACCACGAUACUGUCCAUCAAAUGUAAUGGUAAAUCUGUAGGGGACGCCGCCACUAAUCCCAAAGGUCAACGCUGUCGAGACAGUUUUCUGUUGGUCAACCGCACAAAUAUUCAUGUCAAAGUUCACCACAUCUGAACUCAUUUGUUCAGCUGUUCAGUUAUUACCCGGCCCGAGGACUGUGGUUCUGUCUUGGCUGAAAGAGGUGAUUUCUUCACACAAAGCAGCUCUGUCUUUGAGAAAUGUCUGCGCCACUAAAACUACACUCAGUCUGCGUUUGCUCAACCUUCUGUUGACAAAGUCAAUAAAAGAACUGAAGGCUUUAGAUUCAUCUCGAUGGUCGUCCUGUUUCCAGCUUCUCACGUUGUUACUGCUGUAGACGUAUGGCUUUGGCCAACUUCUUUUUUCUUUUUUUAAUAUUAAGUAGUAUUCUAAUAUAUACAGUAAAUUAUGUAGAUCACCAAUAUACAUGAAGAGCAGUUUUAAUAUCUAUUUAUGUACUGAUGAAUAAAAAAGAAGCACAAUCGAUGACAUCCAAUCCCCACUACCAAUAUUAAAAAGAAUAAAAAUGUCUAAAGAGCUUCAAGAAAUGUUUUACAUGACCUGUCCUCAUUUGGCUUCGAGUAGUUUGAUACUAUUUACUAUGAUGUAUAUUUACCAAAAAGGUUCAGUGGUUUUAUACACGGUGGGAAACUUUCAUCUUUCCCCCAGAGUAUUGUUACAGAUCAUGUUGAAAUCAAUACAUCCGAUAGAACUGUUUUUACCGUUGAUUUGACGAGUUCUGUCGUACGGUCCCAAACAACAAAUAAGCAGCAGUCAACUGCUUCCACUUUAAACAUCGGGCUGAGCACCAUUUUUCCCGUAGGUUCGAGGCCAGGGUUAGGGUUCAGGGGUGUCGAGUCCAACUUGAACAAAAGCAACAGCGGUGAAAGUUAGCCUUCUCCCUAUAAUGAAUGUAUGAAUCUGAAGACCAAAGUAUAUCUGUGUCUUUCUGUCUUUUGUUUGCUGGGUGUGUAUUUUGUGCCUAUCGGUGUCUGGGUGUAAUUUCCUUCAUGUCUUGGUGUGAUCUGAAACUUUUUUUCCAAGCAAUUUAAUUUUGCAAAGUGCAGCAAAUAAUCAGGAGCUUGUUACAGAUAAAGUCACUUUAUUGAGUUUUACUCAAAAGACCUCAGUCCUGUAUCUAAGAAAGAGGCAAUAAGUACUAUCGUACGAUGUCUGAUCAACUGCUAAUGCUAGGAAACUUCCAGCAGAGUUUUUAGCUAACAUUGAUAAAGGUUCAGGAAAAAAAAAAAAUUUGACUCAGUGUAAAGAUUAAAGGUGAAGCAACAUUUGUUUAUAUGAUCGGUUGAUCAGUUAGCUCUUAAAUGAUAAGAAAAGACACCAAAAUCCUCCAUGUGCAAUAAAACAUUGAUUUAACAAGAGUAUAUGCAAAUUUAGCGCCAGACUCCUAGCUUAAACUAUAGUGUUAGCAUGUUGCCUGUUGUCACUAAUCAUAACAUAGCAUGCCAAUAUUUUCAUCUUGUGUCAAAGAAUAUGAUGCAAUAUUAACACAGUGUGUUACUGUCAAUAUGUUAGCAUGGUAUUAGCCCCGGUUCGUCUCUCAUGCGUUAUUACCAAAAAUCUGAAUCUGUUGAUCUUUCAAAAACCAAGGGAAUCUUUUAAUAACACUUGCUGCAUUUUCAAGGUAUUUCCAGAAUCAUAGAAAACUCUUCUGUCCUUCUGAAUAAAAAAAAUAAUGCGCCAACCACAUACAACAAAAGAUUUUUAACCCAUUUCCCACGUUGCUGCUCAGUGUAGGCAAAAUGUUAGCCAGAGAUUUAUUUAAUGCAACAAAAUAGAGAUACAAACACAUUAUUGUAAAUGCAACUAGAAAAUAAACAAAUUUAAUAUAGACAAAUUUUUCAUUUGUGUCUUAAUUGAGCAAGAUAAAGGUUACGUUAUUUGUUUGUUAAGAAGUGGAGUCGCAAACUUGGGAAAUAUGCGGUAGAAUAAAAUCAUAAUACAUUUUGUCAGACGACAAAUGGAAGGUGUCUUUAUUGAUUCUGAAAAUAAGUUGAAAACAGCAGUAAGUGUUGUUGUAUGACCUGACCGGUGUCUUUACCCACGCUGAUCUUAUUGAGUGGAUUAAGUAUUGACCAGAUUGAUCCGCAUUGAACAGAUCUGAUCGUAAAGGAUCAACAUAAACAGCAUUUUUAAUGUGGAUAAAAUUCUGUGUUUUGAGGUGAAUGUAAAUGUUUUAGCAUGACACCUACAAUCGGUCUUACUGCGAGCUAGAUCAAUGUCACACAACAGACUGUUGUGUGCUGCUCCCAAUCACAGCGCUCAAUGAUAGUUAGUUUUUUAUCAUUUAACAGGUAAGCUGAUCAACAUCACUCCCUUAAAUAUCACGACCUUUUAUCAUCACAAUACUCACGUUUCAUUCAGUUGCUUAUGUCAGUGCCUCUGUGUGUCUGUGUAUAAACUGUAUUUCUAAAUAAGGUUUUCCAUAGGAUUUGCUUUGCAUGUCAAUCUUAAAUAUGUUUAAUCUUUUUUUUUUUAUUUCUAAUACGACACAUUACUGUGUUAUGUGCUUUACGGCAGGAAAAGAUAUGUCCCAAUAUUACUUUAUGGUUAUAUGGUUAGAGAUGAUCCACGUGGUGCAAUAAAAUUAAAUCAGAAUAAUUGUUCAUUUUGAGUGAUACGGCCUUUUGUCUUUUUUCUGCCACUGUUUCGCUUUGUGUUAGUUCGUCUUUCAACCUGUAUUUAUUCAUUCUCCAGCCUUAAAUAUUAGAUACACAAAAGAAGAGACAAUUUUCUUGUCAUUCAUAUACUGUAGUGCAAUUUGCGUAGCUUAAAGUUAAAGUCGUCACACCGUGGUGGAUCGUCAAUAAAACAGCAUUAAGAAAAGGAAGAAAAUAACUAUCAUAUAAAUGUUUUUUGUAUCCCUGGCUGCCAAACAGAAAAGACAAUUCUUUUAAAGAAACAUAAUACUUUUCAUGAUCUUUGCAAAAUACAAGCUACAGCUGUUUCAACUGGAUGUCAUCAAGUUAUUGUUCUUGACAUUAUUGCCUGCACACCAAGGACAAAACAAAAAGCUCAUACUACCAGAGGAACAUUGUUAGGGGGUAAAAAUCAUGGCUUUAAAAAGACAGCAUUCCACUUUCUUUAAUAUUAUAAGUGUUUAUAAUCUGUACAGCCAUAACAGGAAAUGACCACCAGACAAAUACAGGUAAAUGUUCAUCACCUGCCAAGUCUCAGAAAAUCUUGUGAAACGAGCGCAAUGUUUGAGGAGACAAGGGUCAAGGGUUCAGGGGACAGACAAAGGAGAGCUAACCUGAACGCAAACGGUUUUAGCAACUGAAAUGAAAAGUUAGCUAAACCAAUUUCUUUCUGUCGCUAAAGGGAACAUUGAGCUAGCCUAAAAGUACAGGCUGAUUUUAAUCAAGUUGGGAAAAAAAAUGAGAUUAAAGCCUUAGCUAGUUGAAGCCAACUGUUUUGUAUGCUAACAAAGUUGCUCAUCUAAAAAUCGCUGCUUUUGUUAGCAAAAACACACUUUUAGUAGCUAAUGACCAUGAGCCUCAUUCGAAACCACAGCAGCAAAGCUACACUACCUACAUUAGCAAAUAUAGCAAACAUUUAACUGUUAGCCAUCCUAAACCCAACUAUUACGCUAGCUGAACUUUCAACUAAUCUCAACAAGUGUUUAGCUGCUGAAUGAAAUGGAAUAGUUAGCUAACAUCAGAGCAGAUCAUUAACCCAAACAUAAAUUAAGCUAACCUGAGCUAACUAAUUUCUUUAAUAGCUAAACAGAAUCAUGAGCUAACCUGAAUCCAAACCAUUCAAACAGUGGGCUCUUUACUAAAGCGACAAUAAGGUCUUCUCAUAGUUUGUGCUCAUUUAACAAAGUUUGAUAAGACUGCAAACACGAAGCUGGCGUCUGUAGAACCAUGAGUGGAAUGGCCUUAUACAUUUAAGGAAUCUGUGGUUGACAUAAAUGGUUCCUGAUGUGUGUAUUACGUAUUAGUAAUGUAUAUUAUAGCUGCAAUAGUGUGUUGUCCAAAAUUACUAUGUGUGCAAUACAUUUCAAAAGCCAUAAUUCUUUUGCUAGUUGCCUUUAUAAACUCACAGAAGCAAACGGCUUCUUACUUUCUUCCUAUUGAUUCAUAAUGUUGGACUCGUCGCAAGCAUUCACAUAUUGUCACCACAAUGUCAUAGAAUUCAUGAAAAGAUUAAUUUUGCCUUUUGCAGUGUGUCUCCAAAAAGCAAUAUAAAAAUAUUCUUGAAAAAAGUGUGUAUGACUUUAUGCCGCCUGACCUCCAGCUUUCCGCUCAUAUGCUUGCACAUGAUUCGAUCAGCCACAAAGAGAUGUAAGACUCUGACUCAUCAGCUGAUCAGGAAUUUCUCCCAAAAUGUUCAGAUGUGGUGAAUGUGGGAACUCUGUUGUUGGUUAAUAGUGUGAUUAAAUGUCUGUUAAUGUUCUGUCUCUCCAGGAAAAGUUUGUACCAGCUGAUCCAAACAAAAAAAGUAACAGAUUUCUUUUGACUGGAUUCAAGCAGAUACGGGUCUAAACAUGUACUGAGAGCAAAUUCAACCUGUGUCACAUGGAAACUUGUAUAAUAAUGGUCUCCAGUUUGGUUUGGUGUUGAUUUAUUAACAUUAUUAUUGACAUGUAAUUCUGAAUCUGAACUAAUCUGAUCUGUCGGCAUGAAGUCUCUCUGGUGAUCUGUGUCUGUUUCUGUUGUUUCUGUUCUGCUGAAAGAGUUUAUAUUCUUUGUUCUCGCCUCUCUUCACUCUGGUUUUCUGCUUGCCAUGAUGAAAAAAAUUAAACAAUAUAUACUCAC